AUGAUGUGCGCAUAUACUGGGGCGGAUGAUUCUCUCCGGGCGACUCGCCACGAUCUUUCGGCUGACUCCCUCAAGAGGAGAUUCAAGAAGCUGGUGAAGGUUGGCCGGGGCCAGGAGGUCCUGGAACUUAUUAAAGACAUCAAGACAAACGACCAAUGUCCUUCGCUCGAUACUUUGGCGGAGGAAGAUCUGCGCACCAUUCUCCGAGUCCUAGUCAGCGGUGAUGCGGCGGAGGAGGAUCCGGAGGACAAUGAGGAGGAAGAGGAGCGGGCACCCCGAAAGGCUGCUCCUCGACCUACGAAGCGUCCCUGCGCCAAAGUUUCCGGCCCUGAAGUCGGAACCAGCGGCGAGGCCUCCGCCAAGAAACCCAAGGUGACCAAGCCACCUCCGCUCGACUCCAAGAAGGUGGAGCGCGAGCGACUGAAACUGCUGACAACAGCAGGAAAGCGCUCUCGCCCCAAUAUUCCGGGCGCGACUAAUCUGAGUUCCACCGCCACGCGGACCAACGUGCAAGAGCCCAUCACGAAGUAUAUGAAGAAGUCCCCAGCCAUAAUUCCAGUUAGUAGCGGCAGAGCGGGCGGAGAAAGUUCCGGCGGCAAGGACCCAGCCCCUGAAGAAGCUGACGCACAAGGCCGUGAAGAAGUAGAGGUCACCUCCUCCGGCAAAGCUGAGGCUGGAACUGGUGAUAUGGUCGUGUUCCCCAAGAACUUUGGAGAUCCGGCUGAUCUUACUUCCACCCCAAAAGCCUUUGCCACCAAGUUUUUCAACAAGCUAACGGAGGCGGAAAAAUGGGAGUUGGAGCAAGAUCUUCUUAACUCGAUGCUGAACAAUGCCUGGGGCAAGCCGGACACCGAGACGUCGGAGAUCCAGGACUUCAAGAGAGAAACUGGCCAGUUCUUGGACAAACUUAUCUGCAAACGGAAGGAACAGCAGGCUCUGCAUUUUGAGCUUCAUAAAAACAUUGCUCUUCAGCGCCGCGUUACCCACAGCCAGGCGUCGGAAAUUCAACACUUCAAAGAAGAGAAUGCGGAUCUGAAGAAGCAGCUGUCGGAAGCCCAAGGUGCAUCCUCGUCCCUUGCUGCAGCCUCCUCCGAGUUAGAAACUCUCCGCGCCUCCCAGAAGAAACUCGAGGAAAAACUUGCCGAGACGGAGAAAAAACUCGCUGAGAAAAGCUCGGAGCUCAUCCGCAAAGAGGAACGUCGGAGCCAGUUCCCGCGCGAUGAUCUCCUGCAGCUAGCCGGAGAAGAUUGCAAAGACCUCAUCUCCGCCUCCAGGAAGAUCUCCCAUAACCUAAACAUCAAGAAGAGCCGAACCUGUGAUGUGCGCAAGCUCAUCAAGAGGAUGGAUGUGCUUCCGGAGUUGGUGGUGGAUCUGCAAGCUUCCUCGGCAUGGGGCGCGGCUGCCAUGUCCUUAGCCAUGUGCUUGGCACACAAUCCUGAGCUGGACCUUAACCGAGUAAUUGCUGGCGUUCCUUCGGACGCGGACGUCAACGCACUACUGGAUGCAGUCAGUGGCUAUGACACUCGCAUUGCCCGGAGGAUUUGCCAUGAUGAAUUCUAUGAUAAGGUGGUUCUCCCUGCCGACGAGUCCCUUGAAGCUGAGCUUCUCAAGGAGCGCGAGGCGGAAGCCAGACCCGCCGAAUCCGGAAACCAGUAUACGUGGACAAACUCCAAGGAUCAAGGUGGCGCUGCAACUCCGGCUGCAGAUGAAGAAAAAGACGAUGAAGAUGUCUCCUCACCCGCCAAGGACGCAGAGAAGGAAGCUCCGGAGGCUGAUGUUAAUGUAGAAACUUCUCCGGCUAAGGAGAAGUAA